GAUAUUUUUACGAUAUUGAACAUAGUUAGGGUAGCGAAGCACCCAGGGUAUGCUAGUUGGUAUAAUAAAACUAGAUCAAUGAUCAAAUUUUACACUUACUAGGAGAAUUUAUUUGAAGUGCUUUUAUGGCAGCGAAAUUUAACUAAUAAAGAUGUAAAAAACUAGAUUAGUGAUCAAAAAAAUCUUUCAUCCAACAUACAACUAACACUUUUAACAGCUGAUAAAAACAGAAAAACAGUUUAAGAACCCCUGGCCCAAAUGGAAUAACUAAUACGCCCACAAUGCAAAAAUAAACUAAAAACAAAACAUGACAAACAAACAAAAAAUCAAUAAUACCAUUCACAUCAACCACCACCACUUUCAAAUUCACCACUUAAAAAUGCAAAAAGGAAACAGGGAAAUGUGAGCAAAUAACACACCAAAGAACUUAUACGUGAAAUAAAGUUUUCAGUUGUAGUUACAUAUUGGUGAAAUAUACAAGGCAAAAUAGAAAAAGAAAAUUUAACUCGAUUACCAAAAAGAAAAAAGUGAAAUUUAUUUCAAAUUUUUAUAAAAUUUUUAUUUUAUUUCUGUUUAAUAACACAAAUAAGUUCAAUUUAAAUUUAAUUCAGUUAAAGAAACCCCUUAAAUUAUACUACAAAAAUUCAACAAGAAAAAUUUAAAGUAGAAAGAAAAAAAGGUAAUAGAACAUCGUCAUUCGUUCAAGGAGCUAACUUCGAUUUUUCACAAAUCAAAAUGAAAAUGUUUGAUUGAAAAACGAAGGAAUAGCGACAUGAUUAUGGUACAACAAAAAAAAACAUUUUUAUUGUUCUAUUUAUAGGAUCAGGAUAUUAAAAUAAAAAUAGUACCUUAAAAAAAUAUUUUUGUGAUUUUGAUCAUUAAAAAAGUAAAAUCUGUUUUAAAGGCAAACAUAAUUUUGUUGUAAGAAAUCAACAAAAUAAAAUUUGCCACAUCUAAAGAAAAAAUUACGAAUAUGCGUGCUUUGGUCGAAGAUACAAAAAAACUAAGCGUGAAUAAUAACAAUAACAAUAAUAACGACAUUGCAAAUAGCGAGGUGACAACAACAGUUGCAAGACACUCUAACAAAACGGCAAGUACAGUAGUAAAAAAAUUAAAUACAACAAAAAUUGCAACCAAACCAAAUAUACAGCAGCCAGUAAGUAAAACUAAAGUGGCUGCGACAGCUAAGACAACAGUGGCAACAGCAGCAAAACCUUCAACAGGGCUUAAGACACCAAACACAGAAAAAUCAACAGUGGCAACAGCAGCAAAACCUUCAACAGGGUUAAAGACACCGAACAUAGAAAAACCAACAGCAGCUGCAGCAGGUGAAGCCGCAGCUAAAACGUCUUUUACCAAUAAAACGUACAAAAUGCAACAGCAGCAACAAACGACAAUAACUAAUACCACCAAUACCAAUAAUAAGGCAGGAAAAGUUGCAGCAAAUUGUCCUUCACCUCCAACGACCGGAGUGAAAUUGCGUACCAAGCAACAACCACAACCCAAAAAUGACAAGAAAGAAAAUCACAAUAACAAUACCACAACAACUGGUCCAACCACAACGUCAUCAACAACAAUUGCUUUGCCCAAAGCAGCACAUGCUAAUACCACGGAAGAAAUUGCCGGUGGUGUGCAGGAUACAAUUUACUUGUGCAAUUUUCGUGUCUCGGUGGAUGGUGAGUGGUUGUGCUUGAAAGAACUGCAGGAUAUCGAUAGUAAUCCCGCUAUCUCGGCCUCUGAUGGACGUUUAGCUGGCAGUGGUAGUGGUGGUGGCGGUGGUGGUAUUGGAGGUCAACGACCUUAUUCGAUGUAUUCGCAAAAGCACAAACGCUAUUCGGCCGGUGAUCGUAGCUCGUAUGGCGGUGGCGGCGGUUUCGAGGAUAAUGGUAUAUUUGCAUUACACAAUUUUAUAGCUGGUCGUCGUUUGUAUGAUGAACAGGGUCACGCUUUUCAUACAAAUAUGCUUACUGCACCCCAUGCACGAGAAAGUGGCUUUAUUGGUGUUUUUGGUGGUGGUGGCGGGGGUGCUAGUCAAAGUUCGAAUGAAUGGUCAAAUCUUUCCCGUGAUCCUGCUGAAAUAGAACGUAGUAAUUUGGUAAAUAUUUGUAAAUUGGUGGUAAAAGAAUUACUUGAACAAUCGGUGCGCUAUGGACGUAUGUUGGACUCUGAUCAUUUGCCCUUGCAACAUUUCUUUAUUGUUAUUGAACAUGUUUUGGGUCAUGGUUUGCGUACAAAAAAGGGCCUCUUGGGUCCUCGCAAAGAACUGUGGGAUCUUUUACAAUGCGUAGAAACCUAUUGUCCCGAGGCUCAGGAUAUAACUGCCAGUGUUCGUGACUUACCAACGGUACGUACUCAUAUAGGUCGUGCACGUGCCUGGCUGCGUAUUGCUUUAAUGCAGAAAAAACUUUCGGAUUAUUUACAAGCUCUAAUAGAGCAUCGCGAAGAUGCUUUAUAUGAAUAUUACGAACCACACGCUUUAAUGAUGAGCGAUGAGAUUGUCAUCAUAAUGGGCAUUUUAGUGGGUCUUAAUGUUAUCGAUUGUAAUUUAUGUGUUAAAGAGGAAGAUCUUGAUUCACAACAGGGUGUCAUAGAUUUUUCUUUAUAUUUACGUUCGAGUUCUCGUAACAAUGACAAUGAUAAUGACGAAGAAUGUAAUCAGACAAUUGAUGCUAAUGGACAAGGCAAUAUGAUUGCUGUUUUGGACCAAAAAAAUUACAUUGAAGAAUUAAACAGACAUUUGAAUGCAACAGUAGCAAAUUUACAAGCCAAAGUUGAAUCGUUAACUACCACAAAUGCUCUUAUGAAAGAAGAUUUAGCUAUUGCCCGUAAUAGUUUAUUAGCUUUACAAGCGGAAAAUCAAGCAAUGAGGCAAAAUUCUCAAAUAAAUGCUGGCCCACCUUCAAUUAACUCAAACCAAAGUGACAAUAGUUCAAAUUCCAAGGAAAAUGACAAAGCCGUAGUGGAAUCCCUAAAAGCUGAGCUAGAAAAGGAAAAAAAGAAAUAUUCGGAAUUAGAUAAAGAAUUAAAAUUACAAAUCUCACUUAAAGCUGAAUCAGAUAUGGCUAUGAAACUAUUAGAGAAGGAUAUACAUGAAAAGCAGGAUACUAUUGUAUCCUUGAGACUACAAUUGGAUGAAAUAAAACAAAUCAAUUUGGAAAUGUAUCGUAAAUUACAGGAAUGUGAAGCUGAACUAACACAAAAGGGCGAAAUGGUGGCACGCCUACAAACAAAAGCCUCGCAAAUUGGCAAUAUUUUACAAUCGUUAGAAAAGAAAUACGAACAGCAGCAGAUACAAUCAACUUCCGGUUCAUCGUCAGCGGCCGAUAGAUCUCCCAGCACUAGACGACAACAAAAUCUGCAAAAAUUCGAAGCUUUAACUAAAAAACAUAAACAGGAUAUUGGACCGCCUAUGAAACGUUUACAUUUGAAAAUGGAUGGUAUACCACCCUUCAAUCCUAACAACUAUCGUAAAUCACCUUCAACAACGGAUAAAUACCAUGAAUCUAUAGCCGAAGUUAAGACACCAGUAUCGGCUAAAUCGCUAAAACUUUCCGAUGAAGAGGAUAAUACUGGUAACGCUGACAUGCCGCCAGCUUCACUACCCGAUAAUGCUGUGACCAAAAAUGAUUAUCUUUUUAAAGAGGAAAAGGCAGCUUAUUAAGUCAAACAGAAUUAUAUUUUUUUGGUUUUUGUUUGAUAUUUUAAACGCAUUUAUUGAAAUUUGCUGAGUUUUACUUUUUUAAGUUGUUUGCCAAAACUUUAUUUUCUAUAAAUUUAAGUGAUACAAUUAGAGUCAUUCGGAGAUGAUUUAAGAGUUAGCCGUUAAGUGUAAAAGAAAAAUUUUGUUCGAUCACAACUUAAAAUUUGAGAAAGUUUUUUUGGAUUACCUAACUACUUAAAAUGAUCAACAAGAAAUUUCACUUUAUUAUUAGAUUAGUAAAAAUCUUUGAAACAACUUCAAAGUGUAAACUAAGUAGAAGGGAAUAUGGGAAUAAACUUUUCUAAAUGUAGGAAUUUUCUCACUGCGACGUCUCUAUCUUCCGAAGUCACUCGAUAAUUUCCUCGAGAGCAACAAUUUUGACAUGUAGGUCAUCCAUUCAUCCCAAAUACUGUCCAACUUCUUCACGACUGUGUUGGUUGCAAAGUCAGUAUUUAAAAAUAGAUCGACGAAGCCGCCAAUACUUUUCCUACCCUCAUUAGCUUGUUUUUAUUUUUAUUAUGUUUAUAUACAUUCUUUAAAUUAGUCCCACUAGAAAUGUAUGUACAAGGACUGAAACUAUUAAAAAUCUAUGUUUUAUACUAACGUAGAGGGAGCCUUAAAUUACAAGUUUCAUUAUGUACGAGCCAAUCUGGUUCUACCCAACAAAAUCUUUACUUACUCUGUAAGUACGCAAGUACUAUUGGAAAAAAGUGUAAGUACUCACUUUUUGGGUAAAUAACUGAUUUUCAAGAAUGUUAUAUGGUUAGGUUACGUUGAUAGGAGGAUGUAUACUACAUCAAAUCCGAAGAAACACGCCUAGGGCGCUAUGGGGCCUGUUGUGUAUUCCUUAUUGUAAAAAAAGUUCACUGAAUGAAUUUUAGUGUCAGGAAACUCAGUUUCCUGAACGUUAUUCCUAAGAAUCUUCCAAUGAGUUGAUUAAAAAUGUUAUUUGCGGAAUUACAUCACUUCCAAGAUACUUGGAUCUAACUUCGACAAAUGCCUAGCAGUGGCAAA